AUGAAUUACUUGCCUUCCCUUCGCAAAGAUGCAGCAAAAGACUCCAUGCUCAUGAUGCUAAUGGGAAUGAACAAUGUUACUGCUUUCGAAACGAAGAAUGGGGCCCCGCCGAACCCAAUGGAACCCACACCGUUGUGUCAACCAUCAUCAUCAUCAUCAUUGUCCGCUUCGCUACCUGUAACCAGUAGCUCCUCCUCCUGGAUGAUGCAAGCGAACAAUGGGAUUCCUCAAGAUGCCGUCGACCCAAAGGCAGUGGAUUCCUUGAUUGCCAAGGAAAUGGCAGUACUGACACCCAAAGAACGGGAGCAAUCCUAUUUGGACGUUCAUGGGAUUUCCGAAGCGGUAGAGGAAACACCGCAGUUGAUUGAAGCUAGUCAGCAAGCCAUGGAACUGGAGAUACUGAGGCAACAGGAUCACGAUCGGAAAGCUUAUGAUUUGGCUGCCUUUAUGAAUCGAUCCUAUGUAGAAGAUGCCAAGUUGCGUUUGUGCUUUUUGAGAGCGGAAAUGUUUGAUCCCAAAAAGGCAGCCCUACGGUACAUUCAGUUUUUUGAGGCGAAACUGGAUCUCUUUGGAAAGGAUUUGCUGACCAUGGACAUUACGCAAGACGAUUUUGAACAAGAAGACAUGGAUGCUUUAUAUUCCGGGUACGCACAAUUCCUUCCGGACCGUGAUUGUGCAGGAAGAGCAAUCAACUUGUGGAUUUCCAACAGUACACAUGAGAGCUCUAGCACCAAAGCAAUGUUACGGCGCGAAUUCUAUAGAGCAAUGAUUGCUUGCCAAGACGAACAAACUCAGAAACAUGGCUGCGUGACGAUAUGUUACUUUUUGGGCCAUGGGCAAGGUCCCAAAUAUCGUUUCGACCACCGAUGGACUUUGUCCAAGCUGAGUGAAAUACUUCCCGUCCGAGUGGCCGCCAUUCACUUGUGCUAUGACAAUCGCAUCUGGAUGCCCGUCCAUGCGUUCAUGAAGGCAUCCCUCAACCUUUUUACACGCAUUCGACUUCGGACCCAUUAUGGACCCCAUGAGGAUUGUUUGGCCAGUCUGCAGGGUCAUGGAAUCCCUCCCGGUGUCUUGCCAGUCAAUGCUGGUGGAGUCUUACAGAAUGCCGAAGCUUACAAGACAUUUUUGGAACAGGAACGCAAAAAGGAACGCUUGUCCAAUCCUCCCCGUGUUCGGAUCAUGGUGCCCAGUCCCAACGAUGUUCUCUUUGGCAAGGGAACCCCAGUGCAGAACCAUGUGGGCAACAAGAAACUCCGACGCUUGGUCAUGGACUGCCAAAAGUCCUACGAAAAGGCCGAAAAGGGUACCAAAAUUCUAGUGGCCCAAGAGAUUGUCGACAUUGUCUUGGAAUCUUCGGGACGUUUCUUACGACCUGCGGACAAUGGGAUGCCGUCUGCCUUUUCGGAAGCAUCAUCUGAUGAUAAUACUAAUGGGAACAACAACAACAACAACAACAAUAACAGUAUCGCCAACAAUGGUGUCACGGGAUAUGGAUGCAGUUGGAUCAAUGUGGACAAUGAAUCGGCACGCACCAAAGUAAGUGCUGCCUUUCGUACGUUACGAUGGAAGGCCAAGAAGUAG